GGUCAGACACUGCCCAGUGCAGCUUCAAUGAAAGUGCAGUACCCUUCAUCGGGGCCAAUUGGAAGGGGUCAGUUUGGUAAUCGGGUUUCUUCUGGUACCCUACCACGUGAGCGUACUGAAACGGCAUCUCUUGAUCCAUUGAUUGGGAGGAAAGUGAGGACGCGAUGGCCUGAUGAUAAUAAUUUUUAUGAAGCUGUUAUAACUGACUACAAUGCAGCUGAGGGACGACAUGCUCUCGUUUAUGAUAUAGGUACUGCAAAUGAGACUUGGGAAUGGGUCAAUCUUUCAGAGAUCUCUUCUGAGGAUAUACAAUGGGAUGGUGGAGACCCUGGAAUUUCUCGUCAAGGAGGUUAUGGCGGAUCAGGCCGUGGGGUGAAUAGAUCUGUUGGGCGUGAUAGUGUUCCAGGUGCAGGAAGAGGUAGGGGGGUGACAAAAGGUCAAUCCAGAAAGGGUAUUCCACCAUCACAAAAUGGCAUGGGUAAAAAGGGGUCAGAUGAUAUUCAGCUACUUCAUACUGAUACUCUAAUUAAGGAGGUGGAGAGGUUAUUUGGUGCUAGUCAUGCGGACCCUCUUGAAAUCGAGAAAGCAAAGAAAGUGCUGAAGGACCAUGAACAAGCACUCACUGAUGCCAUUGCGAGGAUUGCUGAUAUUUCGGAUGGUGAAAGUGAUGAAGGUGGCCAUUUCCUGCAUGGCAAAUGAGUUGACCGACAAUGAUUAGGCGAGGUUUUGUGAUGGGUAGUAGAAAAGCUAACUUUGGCAAAGGAAUUGGGGAGAUGUAGUUGACAUUCAAAUGGAACUGAGGGCAUGGAUGUUUUUAUCUGAUGAUUUGGUGAGUCUGUCGAAUGUAACAUUUGUUUCUAGGGUUUCGUUGUACAUUAUCAUUUUUUAAAUUAUGCUUUCCCUACCGUUGAAUUAUUGUAGUCUUGGGUCACUUAGCGUCAUAGGGUAGGGCAGAUUUAUAGCGAGGCUGAUAUAUUUUUUUUUAUUAACAGGUUGAUGUUUGUGUAAAAUUAUUUGAGUAGCCAUAUUAACCUGUUAUGAUCAUGUACAAAGUUUUUCUUUAC